AUGAAGGUCUUUUUACCCGCCAUCGCUAUAUUUAUCUUUUCUGGUCUCUCUCUCGCUAAUGCGGAGCCAGCCGUCAGUCUUCCUGUCUUGCCUUCAGACACUGACUGCCAAGGAGAGUACGGUCCGUGGUCUGUGUGUGAGCCGCUGGAAGGCCACGCAACUCACCACGACACCGACGACGAUUUCAAGCUUGACCGCGGCCCUGAUGGAGAGUUUAUUAAUGACUGCUUCCAUUUUCAGACGUACAAAAUUUUGGUGCCGAAGAGUGGUAACGGGCGGGAGUGUUCACGCAAAGCAGGUUCCAAGAGAUUCAGAUACUGUGACGACUGCAGCACGAUUCCCUCGGUUCACAAACGCAUGGAGGCCCAACAGGCAACAGACUCACUUCGCACAUUCACAAUCAUUGCGGGGAUGUUUUGUUUGUUUGCAAUGGUAGCCCUAACAGCUUUGUGUGUGCGAAAAGUCUUAAAGGACGCUUCAUUACGGUCUGGGCAAGUCACUGUGUACGCGCCGGAGCCUCCUAAUGCUGCCGUUCACCAAGGAUAUCCAGCUGGUGUUCGUGCAGCUCAUACUACUCCUGCGGCGAUCAUGACUCCGGAAUACCAUGUACACUCCGCUAAAGCACUCACUCCAGAAACUGAUCGUAAUACUGAAGCUGGUGGUUCUGAGUACUGUGCAUAA